CAGCAGCCUGUCUGGUCUGGUUCUCAGCUGUCAAAUAGGUUAAUUUCAUCAUUACAAAAUUGUAGUUUUUUCUCAUCAAAAACACUUCAUCUUCAUCAUAUAUGUAAAAAAUAAUGUUUUCACUACAAAAUCCUAAUCAGGCAUUUGCUACAUUAUCACAGUUCUCCACUAAAAUAAACACCAGGCACUCUGUUCACUUAAAGAAGACUUCUGCUAAGAAAUCUAAACAUGCUCAGAGUUUUAUCUGUUUAGAUAGUUUUCUAGAAGCUGUUAAAAAUUGUGACUUUUCAUUUGCAAAGCAUUUGAAUACAAAAGAUUUAUUUGGAAAUCACUUUAUUAAUAAUUUUAAAGUCUCCUAUACCUCAAGUAACACUUUCUUUGAGAAUAAACAUGGUUUUUCCGAAAGCGAUUUAAAUAAAACUGUUCCCACAAUAAUAUUUAAGAAAGAUUGUAUAUAUGUUCCAACCACACUCUAUCAAAAAUUAGUUGAUGGUUUGUUAUUUCAACGUCCAAGUUUAUUUAAAACCCAAUUAAGAACUUUUAAGACUGACAGAAGCAUAAAAGCUGAACUUAACAGAAAUCCCCCUUUAACAGAUAGAGUUAAACAAGCCUUCGGCAUUACAGGGUCAGAUGCAAGUACUACCAUUUCUUCAAAAUUACCAAAUUCUCCAGAGAAGUUAAAACAUAUGUUAACUUCUGAAGAUGGAGUAAAUGAAUCGGAGAAGCAGAGGUUGAAAGUUGCUUUUGCUGAAGGAUAUUUGAUGGGAAACAAUGCUACUCCUAAACCAGGAAAAUCUACAAGAUACUUAAAAGUAGCUACACAAAUUUUAACUGUUUUUAUAUUUUUGGCCAUUAUAUUUAGCCUUAUAGCUAGUGCCAGUGGAUCUGUAUUCAGAAUUCAAUUAGGGAAUCAGGUAGAGGUGGAUCCUGAAGAAAUCCAUGUAACUUUUGAAGAUGUAAAAGGAGUAGAUGAGGCUAAACAAGAACUAAAGGAUGUAGUCGAAUUUUUGAGAAGUCCAGAUAAGUUCUCAAAUUUGGGUGGCAAGUUACCAAAAGGAGUUUUACUUGUUGGUCCUCCAGGUACUGGUAAAACAUUACUUGCAAGAGCUGUGGCAGGAGAAGCUGGUGUACCAUUUUUUCAUGCAGCUGGACCAGAAUUUGAUGAAGUAUUAGUUGGACAAGGUGCCAGAAGGGUUAGAGAUUUAUUUAAGGCAGCGAAAAAACGUGCCCCAUGUGUGAUAUUUAUCGAUGAAAUCGACUCAGUAGGUUCAAAACGUACUAAUAGUGUUUUACAUCCAUAUGCUAAUCAAACUAUUAAUCAAUUACUCAGUGAAAUGGAUGGUUUCCAUCAAAAUGAAGGAGUCAUUGUAUUGGGGGCCACUAAUAGAAGGGAUGAUCUGGAUCAAGCUCUCUUACGACCGGGUAGAUUCGAUGUAGAAGUUACCGUUCCUACACCUGACUAUACAGGUCGUAAAGAAAUAUUGGGCUUAUACUUAAGUAAAAUAUUAGCUAAGGAUAUAGAUCUAGAAUUGUUAGCAAGAGGUACGACUGGAUUUACGGGAGCAGAUCUAGAAAAUAUGGUCAAUCAAGCAGCUUUAAGAGCGGCGAUAGAUGGAGCAGAUUUUGUUGCCAUGAAACACUUGGAAUCGGCCAGAGACAAAGUUUUAAUGGGACCUGAAAGAAAAUCCCGUAUACCCGACGAAGAAGCGAAUAUGAUAACGGCAUACCAUGAAGGAGGACAUGCGAUUGUAGCUUAUUAUACGAAAGAUAGUCAUCCAUUACAUAAGGUAACCAUUAUACCCAGAGGACCUAGCCUCGGACAUACUGCGUACAUUCCAGAAAAGGAAAGGUAUCACAUAACAAAAUCCCAGUUGCUGGCUAUGAUGGAUACUAUGAUGGGCGGAAGGGCUGCCGAAGAACUCAUUUUUGGACCAGAAAAAAUUACUUCAGGCGCUAGUUCAGAUUUGAAACAAGCGACAUCUAUUGCUACGCAUAUGGUGAAAGACUGGGGAAUGUCAGAGAAAAUUGGUCUUCGCACUAUGGUUGAUAAUUCAAAGAGCUUCCAACCAGAAACAUUAGGUCCCUCAACCAAUGAAAUGGUUGACAGUGAGAUCCGUAGGAUUUUAUCAGAAAGUUACGAAAGAGCUAGACAAAUUCUAAAGGUUCAUUCGAAAGAACACAAAGCACUAGCCGAAGCUUUGUUGAAAUACGAAACAUUAGACGCAGAAGAUAUAAAAGCGAUUAUGUCAGAGAAGGGAGGUGGUGGGGACAAGAAAAAAGUCUAGUUUUAAUAGAAUACGUUUGUUGUUGCAGUACCGCAUUUUAUUUUAUUUUAAAGAGACACAACAACUAAGGUAUUUUAGAAAAUUUGUAAUUUCUGUAUAUAUGUUUUCGCUAAUUUAGCAAACACGGAAUACCAAAUCCACCGGUUUGGUGUAUAACACUUAAUUUAAUUUUGUUAAACUUUAAUUUCCUUUUGAUAGGAAAUAUAGAUUGCGUAAUAAAAAAUGUUACAUGAU